CAUCUGCGAUAGACACGGGUGUUAUGUGUGUGGGUCGCUCUGUCAAAUAUGUGAUCUUUCGAUAUGAGUUAUGUGACCUUUAGUCUGAAGGGAGGUUUGUUGGGGCUGUUCAUCCCAAUCCCACAUGAAAGAGAGGACUUACUUAUAACUCAUAUUAAAUAUUUUAUCUAUUAACCUAUACUAAAAGCAAAUCUUUGCAUGACACUUGUGAUUACCUUGUAAAAAAAUUUCCCGCCUUUUUCGCUUUUUUUUUUUUUUUUGUGGCAAAAUCUUUAAGCAAAUUAUUUAUAACUUAUGAUAUUUUCUUUCCAGUUUUGACAAUCAUAUUCCAUAUAUACUCAAAUGAAAUAUUUCUAAAUAUCUUUUAUAUACUUUAUAAUUUUGUAAUAUUAUUGUAAAAAAUAUUUAAGCAUUGCACGGGAUUUUAACCUAGUUUAGAAAUAAAAAUGAAAAUGGUAGACAAAUGUUUAAGUAAUUGUGAAUUUGUGAACGUGAGAUUGUGGUUUGAGGGUUCGAAUCUUAAUAAAAACUAAAAAAAAAAAAAAAUUAAAAAAUCCUUUUAUCUCUUAAACCCUAAACCACUCAUCUCUCUCUUUCACACUCUGUCCUUCAACCAUCUUCCACUUCCCACCGUCUCACAAAAUUUCUGAAUUUUUGAUUUUAUUAUUUGUCAAAAACUUCAUUUUGAUUCUCUGUUUUAUCCGAAUUCGCGGCAUGUCAUGUUAAGAUCACCCGAUGAACAUUGCAGAAGACGGUGUUAAGCAUUGAUCUUCUUGAAGAAGUUCCCGAUUUUUUCUGGUAGCUGAUAGCAAAUGGAAAUUAUUGAAUCUAUUGAAGAUAUAUCAGUGCAAGAUCCACCAGAAGGGAUGUUUUCAUCUGCUGAUCUGAAGUGGACAAAGUUUGGCACUGCUGAUCACCAUGACGAAGUAGCUAAAAUUCAUUAUGAUCGAGUUGAAGACUUUAUCUUUGGGGAAUGUUCUAAUGUGGAGUUCCCUACUCAAUUUCAUAUUGAGAGAGGAAGGAAACGUAGGAGAGGGAGCUUAAAGGAGUACAAAAGUGAUGAAUAUUUGGAAUAUAAGCUAUAUUGGUGCUCAUUUGGACCCGAAAAUUAUGGAGAGGGUGGUGAUAUAUUACCUAGUCGGCGGUAUCGUCUGAAUACCCGAAAUCGUGCUGCCAGACCACAGUCUAUGAGAGGUUGUACAUGUCACUUUGCAGUGAAGCGUUUGUAUGCAUGCCCGACACUUGCACUUAUCAUUUAUAAUGAGCGACGUCAUGUGAACAAAUCUGGUUUUCCCUGCCAUGGUGCUCUUGAUAGAGAUGCCAUAGGCCCUGGUGCUAAGAAAGUACCGUAUAUUGGCACUGAGAUUCAGCAACAAACUAUGUCGAUGAUUUACCUUGGAAUCCCUGAAGAGAAUGUAGUGCAGAAACACCUCGAAGGGAUUCAACGUUACUGUGAUGCUGAUGCAAAACUUGGCAGGAUAGCAUCUCAAUAUGUUCAGAAACUGGGAAUGGUUAUUAAAAGAUCUACUCAUGAAUUAGACCUAAAUGACCAAGCUAGUGUCCGGCUGUGGGUUGAGCGAAAUAAGAAGUCUGUAUUCUUCUAUCAGGAUUCAUCUGAGGUUGAUCCAUUUAUUUUGGGGAUUCAAACUGAGUGGCAACUGCAACAGAUGAUACGGUUUGGGCAUCACAGCAUCAUUGCAGCAGACUCAACCUUUGGGUUAAAGAGACUUAGAUACCCUUUGUGCACGCUUCUUGUGUUUGAUUCAAGACAGCAUGCACUCCCUGUGGCAUGGAUCAUCACUCCAAGCUUUGCUAAGCCAGAUAUUUCAAAGUGGAUGAAAGCUCUAGUUGGUCGAAUACGUGCAGUUGAUACUGGAUGGAAGGUCAGUGGUUUUGUGAUAGAUGAUGCGGCGGCAGAAUUGGAGCCUAUAAGGGAUAUGUUCUGCUGUCCCGUGUUAUUUUCUCCUUGGCGUGUCCGCAGAGCAUGGCUUAGAAAUAUAGUGAAAAAAUGCAGUGGAACAGAAGUUAGAAGGGAGAUUUUCAAACGUCUUGGUGAUAUCGUUAGCAGCAUUUGGAAGGGACUGGAUUCCGCAGUUGCUAUUGAGAAAUUCAUACAAGAUUUCACUAAUCAAAAUGCAUUCAUGCUGUAUUUUAAAGAUUUCUGGUUGCCGAAGCUAGAGAUGUGGCUGUCUAUAAUGCAGAGUGUUCCACUUGCAAGCCAGGAAGCUGCUGGUGCUAUUGAAGCCUAUCAUAUCAAAUUGAAAAGCAAACUUUAUGAUGAUUCACACCUAGGUGCAUUUCAGAGAGUUGAUUGGUUAGUGCACAAAUUGACUGCUGAGCUGCACUCUAGUUACUGGUUGGAUCGCUAUUCUGAUGAACACGACACUUUCAAAGAUGUGAAGGAAGCGUACAUAUCUUCAACGUCAUGGCAACGUGCAUUGCAAAUCCCUGAUACCGCUGUCUGCUUUCAUGAUAAUGACGAAUCUUUUGCCAAGGUGCAAAGUCAAAAGGACAAUAAUGUGUCUCAUAUAGUCUGGAAUCCUGGAUCAGAAUUUGCUUUCUGUGAUUGUGCCUGGGCUUUGCAAGGUAACCUUUGCAAACAUGUUAUCAAGGUCAAUAUGAUGUGUGAAAUUCGCCAGGGCUUGCAUUCCAUGUCCUUCCAUUCAUUCAAAGACUUACUAACGACUUUAUUGAGAAAGCCCAUGGAUGAUUCAAUCGAACUGGACAAGGCGAUGGCAUUGACGCAACAAAUGCUAAAUCAAGUACAAAGUCUUGUUAAACUUACUAGUGCAAGCGAUAUUGGCACUGUUGUGAAUAGUCUUCCCUUGAAAUGGGUUUCCAGAAAAACCAGAACUUCUGCUCCAAAAUCAUCAGCAACUUCAGCUCUUCUAUCCACCUCUGAUAAUGAUAACCGUAAUGCUGCUGCACAACAGAGUCACAGAAAACGAAAGCGACUGUAGAAUUUCAAAUGAAUUGCUGGGGAUUUCACGACAACAUACUCCGUAAUGUAUGGUGCUCAGUUGCUGCCUCGUUUUGAAUGCAGUGUUGCAGAUUAUCAUACCAAGGAAAGGUGACCGAUUUACCUCUUUUGUAGAUCAUGAUAAUUUAUUUGAUUCUUGACUAUUCCAUUAGGUUUAGCUGAACCCUAUUGAACUGAUCAUCAGACAAAUAACAUCUUGAAGUUUAAAGAUACAAAAAACCUAGAAUGAGGUUUUCGUAGAAGGUACUAAUUUUUCACAUACCUUUUAGCAGUAUAGUUAAAGAUAUAGUGAUGGCAGUGCUGCGAGUUAGCAACUGGUGGCUUGACUCCCCAUGUAUAUUCUGAUCAUAUUUUUUUGAGACUACAUAUAUUAUGGUUAUUUAUGUGACAUUUUUGUAUUUUAUUGGCGCCUAUCUUGUUAUUUAGUAAGAAAAUUGGAGAAUUUGAGUA